CGGCCACGACACCCUCUCGGCCGUGCCGCCUUCCACCCCCGGCCCGGCGCGCGCUUUCGGGGGCCCGGGCUCCCCCACUCGUUCUCAGAGUCAGAGACGGGGACCCCCGGGCCUUCGUGGAUCUCCGCCGAAGCGUCCCCAGACUCGGCAGCGCCACAGCAACAUCCUCAGAGUCUCAGCAAGCUUCGCCCAGCGCGGGCACAGAGCCUGCCACCGCCAGCCACAGCGAGCGCAGUGACAGCGCCUCCCCGCCCCCAGCCCGAGGACCACUAUGGCCAAGAACCGCAGGGACAGGAACAGCUGGGGUGGAUUUUCAGAAAAGUCAGGUGAAUGGAGCUCAGAAGAGGAGGAGCCAGUGAAAAAGGCAGGCCCUGUCCAAGUCCUCAUUGUCAAAGAUGACCAUUCCUUUGAGUUGGAUGAAGCAGCACUGAAUCAGAUCCUUCUCUCGGAGGCUGUGAGAGACAAGGAGGUGGUUGCUGUAUCUGUUGCUGGAGCCUUCAGAAAAGGAAAGUCAUUCCUGAUGGACUUCAUGUUGCGGUACAUGUACAACCAGGAGUCAGUUGAUUGGGUUGGAGACUACAAUGAACCAUUGACUGGGUUUUCAUGGCGUGGUGGAUCUGAACGAGAGACUACAGGAAUCCAGAUAUGGAGUGAAGUUUUCAUUAUCAGUAAACACGAUGGUAAAAAGGUUGCAGUGUUAUUGAUGGAUACUCAGGGAACCUUUGACAGUCAAUCAACUUUGAGAGAUUCAGCCACAGUAUUUGCCCUUAGCACAAUGAUAAGCUCAAUUCAGGUGUAUAACUUAUCCCAAAAUGUCCAGGAGGAUGAUCUUCAGCACCUCCAGCUUUUCACUGAAUAUGGCAGGCUGGCAAUGGAGGAAACAUUCCUGAAGCCCUUUCAGAGUCUGAUAUUUCUUGUGCGAGACUGGAGUUUCCCAUACGAAUUUUCAUAUGGGGCUGAUGGUGGUGCCAAAUUCUUGGAAAAACGCCUCAAGGUCUCAGGAAACCAGCAUGAAGAACUACAGAAUGUUCGAAAGCACAUCCACUCCUGUUUCACCAACAUUUCCUGUUUUCUGCUACCUCAUCCUGGCCUAAAAGUAGCUACCAACCCAAACUUUGAUGGAAAACUGAAAGAAAUAGAUGAUGAAUUCAUCAAAAACUUAAAAAUAUUGAUUCCUUGGCUACUUAGUCCUGAAAACCUUGAUAUCAAAGAAAUCAAUGGGAAUAAAAUCACCUGCCGUGGUCUGGUGGAGUACUUCAAGGCUUACAUAAAGAUCUAUCAAGGUGAAGAAUUACCACAUCCCAAAUCCAUGUUACAGGCUACAGCAGAAGCUAACAAUUUAGCAGCCGUUGCAACUGCCAAGGACACAUAUAAUAAAAAGAUGGAAGAGAUUUGUGGAGGUGACAAACCAUUUCUAGCCCCUAAUGACCUGCAAACCAAGCACCUGCAGCUUAAAGAAGAGUCUGUGAAGCUGUUCCGAGGGGUGAAGAAGAUGGGCGGGGAAGAGUUUAGCCGGCGUUACCUGCAGCAGUUGGAAAGUGAGAUAGAUGAACUCUACAUCCAGUAUAUUAAGCACAAUGAUAGCAAAAAUAUCUUCCAUGCAGCUCGCACCCCAGCCACACUGUUUGUUGUCAUCUUUAUCACGUACGUGAUUGCUGGGGUGACUGGAUUCAUUGGCUUGGACAUCAUAGCCAGUCUGUGCAAUAUGAUAAUGGGACUGACCCUCAUCACCUUGUGCACCUGGGCGUACAUCCGGUACUCCGGAGAAUACCGAGAGCUCGGUGCGGUCAUAGACCAAGUGGCCGCAGCUUUGUGGGACCAGGGAAGUACAAAUGAGGCUUUAUACAAGCUUUACAGUGCAGCAGCAACCCACAGACAUCUGUAUCAUCAAGCUUUUCCUGCACCAAAGUCAGAAGCUACUGAACAAUCAGAAAAGAAGAAAAUUUAAUCCAAAUUUUAAAAAUACAAGUGCAUGACCAGCUGUCAGUUAAACACUGUUUUUUGUUUCCAUGCAAACAUUCAAAGUGCUUCCAUGAGAACAGAAUAAAAUACCAAACACCUCUGGAGACUGCAUAAAGGUUGUUCCUUUACUCGUGUUUAAUAAGCAGAUGUAUGUAUGCUUGGUUUUAUCAUUUUGUUAACAUGUAGUUUCCUGAUUUUUGUCUUUAAAUAUGCUGUUAUAAUUUAAGGUAUUUGUGUAUUUAUUAUGAGAGUACAUGUGUUCUGCUUGAAUUUAUUAAAUUCUACCUGGUUAUAAUUAAACCAUGUAGUGAUAUUA